GCCAGGAUGCGUCGAAUGAGAGUAUGCAGAAAGUUGGGGCGCAUGAGAAAGAGAAAGCAGUGUGGUCAGAGUGAAAUCGCUAACCACUCGAGGCACCAAUAUUGGAUAGACCGCUCGGCUCCCUCCCUCCCUCGCGCAAGCCCGCCAGAAUUUAGCUGAAGCUCCACUACCGACGACUAAGACUAAGAUGUGGAGUGUCCGUAAAGGAAAGAAAUAUGUCCAGGACAGACUAAGGAACCUCUAUGAAAAGCUGCAGGACGUCCGUAGAGAAACAGGUCCUUACCGUGAUGUGGUGUCAGGUGUGUCCCAGACGUUACGUCCGUGGCGAGUUGUGGCUACCAUGGUGGUGCUCAUUUUCCUGUUUCAUCUUGUCUCUGCCACCACUUCUGUCAUCAGUCCAUCACGUGUGAUGAGCGUAGCGUUCCCAUUGGACCUGAACGAUUGCCUGUUGAAGGAAAUAACCAUGAACUGUUCCUCUACCAUCUACUGCGCUGCCAUCUGUAAUCACACCCCCUACUGCUAUUUCUUCUGCGUCUCGGGUAAUAUGUGUAGCUUGUUCAGUGCUGCAGUGUUGCCCAGCUGGAUAGGUUACCCGAAGAGGAACUCCCUCACCUUUGGCAAGUGUUUCUCUACUCUGUAUGACGAACGUGACAUUGUGGAGGACUUCACCAAUUAUGUAUCACCUGUCACGGCUACUGGUUCAGACACAAACAAAGUCGCUAAUGGCUACUUUUGUUCCGACACAUAUUAUUGUUUCAUCACCAACAAUGAUCCGAGUCCCCUCUGGAGUCUGUACACCAGCUCGAGUCAAACCAUCGUCAGUGUCAUCACCAUUCAGAGUAAGACCAGUCCUCUCAACCUGACGGUAUAUAUAGGUGAUACUAUAGACAUCACCCAACUACCACAGGCUGGACCUAUCUCCCCAGACUCAGAAGGUGUGGUCAUUUUCAACCUUAUUCCACCUGCAAUAGGCAGUUUUAUCACAAUAGUAGGGUCAGCCGGGGUCAUGAAUCUCUGCCACGUCCAGGUCAUCAUACAGUAAAGAGGGGAAGAUUUAACCACAACAACCAGAGAUUUUUAGAUGCCAUUAAGUCUCUCAUUUCCUCGACUCACGCUUGAUGGUACAAAGACCUAACAAGAAUAGGGUAGGGCAACCAAUCUGGUAAUAAUGUAAAGGUAAGGGGGUGACGAGGAGUGGUUGGAGGGGGUACGGGAGGCUUCUGAGUGACAGCUACGGGUGGACAGUACCGUGAGUUUGGAAUCGAGGCUUAUGGAGUUUGUACCUUUUCUUUAAAUAAAUAAAUAAUUCAUUUACUUCAAAAUUGAUGUGUUUUUUCGUGUUGUGAACUAAUAAAGUCUGAAAUGAAUAUCCUAUUGUUUGGUUUUUUUUUCAAUUACAUGUACGUA